AUGACCACCACAGCUUCGACUACCAAUACCGUGGAAAGUGACGACGAGACACUCGUUAAUAGCUUACUAAAAUGUUUAUUCAUCGGCGAUGAGCAACAAAUCAACAUGCGUGAAUCAAUUUCACCAUCAUCAUCAUCAGAUGCUAAUACAAUUACGGCUAACAAGAAUUCAAUAUCAUCGUCAACAUGGCCCAACGAUCCAAAAUAUAAAAUGGUUGGUCCACUAUACGAUGUUGCUCUCGCAACACAGAAAUAUGGAAAUGCAAUGAACUUAAUCGAUGUCCUGCGAACGCAUGAUCAAUUAAAACUAAUGCCCGUCGAAAAAUACAAGGAAUUCUACGAUAGCUGCAUGAGAAAUUUUGAGAUACCCAUGGCCAGACAGGUGUUUGACCUUUUUUUGUCGAAAUCGGAAAAUGCCGAGAAACUUGAACAAGAUCUGAAACUUGCUCAACAUAUGGUCGCUGGUGAGUUUCUAUUGGCGGAAGCAUGCCUUAAGGAGAGAGCAUGUGAUGAUCCGUUACCAUUUUCUUUGGAAUCAAUAUUUAAUGAGUUGAUAAGGAAUUAUCUCGAAAGAAAGAAUGUUGUAAUGAUUGAUAAAUUAUUGGUGAGGAUGACGAGGGAUUUUGGAAUACGUCCCUCAAAGCAAACUAUUCAUUCCAUAGUAAUGUGCUAUAGAAACGUGGAUUGUAUUCUAGAAGCGAGAUCGCUCUUUGACAUAAUACAUGAGCAUGAAAUAGAACUCGAGUCAUUAACCUACGACUAUUUGCUCAAUAUGUUUGUAAACUAUGGCAUGAGAUAUCCAGCAAAAGUUUUGUUUGAAGAUAUGUUAAAGAUGAAGAUUACGCCCUCUAUCUAUGCAUUUUCAAAUAUUAUGCACCUGUCUGCUACGAAUGUUAAUAAUUUGAUCAAAUAUCAAAAUCUUAUGGAAGAAUUGGGAGUACAACCAAAUGCUCAUACUUAUACGAUUUUGAUCGGAAAUUUAGGGAAAGCUGGCUACAUCGAAAAAGCUGCUUACUACUUUCGUGAAAUGACUGAGAAGAAAAAGAUAGAACCUAAUCGUGUAACCUAUACGGAGUUAAUGAAAGUUAGCACAAAAAAUACAAAAAAUAUGCGGCACGAGGAUUUGAGCUCAGAUUUUUUUGAGAUGAUUAAAAAAAGCGGGAGAGCACCCGAUGUUGUUGCUUAUACAUCAUUGAUACAGGUAAAAGCCGAAACUGUGGGUUUAUCUGAAGCGCUAACGAUCUAUCAAGAUAUGUUGCGAGACGAUGUGAAACCUAAUGUACAAACUUUCACGGUACUUCUUGAUGCUUGUAUUCAAGCGGGUGAAUUUGAAACCUGUUAUAAAAUAUAUGAGGUGAUGCAAUCAACGGGCAUUCAACCAGACUUACACAUAUAUUGCACCUUAUUGAAUGCCUUUUGUCAAGACAAAAAAAUUGAUCGAGCUGUGUCCCUGUUCCAAGAUAUACUUGAGCGAGGAAUCGUUCCAGAUCAAUCGUGCUAUAAUUGUCUAAUGCAUGCGUUCAAUCGUAAUGGAAUGCCAGAAUCAGUCUUUGAUUUCUAUAAUAUGAUGAGAAAAAACAUUAAGCCAGACGAAGUAACAAUGCGUAUUCUUUGGGACACGUGUUAUUUUCAUAAAAGAUUCGAUGAGGCGCGAGACUUUUUCCGUGAAGAAAUGGAAAAGCUAACUCAACCUCCUUACGAUUAUGCACUCAUGAGAUAUAUACAAUUACUUAGUGAGGAUAAAAAAAUCAUAGAUGCGUUAACAAUCUUGAUAUUAGCGAAAGAAAUGAAGGUUCGGCUUAAGCAACAUGUUGUCUAUAAAAUAUUGUUAAAUUUUAAAAUUCACGGAUCUCCUGAAAUUUACAACGAAGUGCGGGAUAUUCUCGAAGAUCAAACUUAUCUUCGCAAAAAAAUACCAACUAGAGAACGAUUUGAUAUGUAUAUAAAGAAGCUAAAGUGGAAAUAUCAACUUUCCAAAACUCUUGUUCCCAAUAAAUAG